AGAGAGAGAGAGAUGGGGUGAGAGAGGAGGAGGAGGAGAGAGAGAGACCACAGCAUCCGCGCCCUGACGCGCUCCGGUGCGUACACGCUGGACCGGUGUGGACAGGCAUGAAGCGUCAUGGCUUGGUGUGACCGCGGGGUUCAAACGUUGCUGGCCACCGUGGGCGCUUUCGCCGCCUUCAGUCUGAUGACCAUCGCCGUUGGCACGGACUACUGGCUCUACUCUCGGGCGUACAUCUGCAACGCAACCAAUGCCUCCACGGACGAGAACCAGUCGCAGCCUAAAAGUAAGAAAGGCGAUCUCACCCACUCCGGGUUGUGGAGGAUCUGCUGUAUUGAAGGUAUCAAUCAAGGCAGCUGUUACAGAAUCAACCAUUUCCCUGAUGACAAUGACUACGACACAGACAGCUCUGAGUACCUGCUGCGGAUCGUCCGUGCCUCCAGUGUGUUCCCCAUCCUCAGCACCAUCCUGCUGAUGCUGGGCGGGCUAUGUGUCGGAGUCGGACGACUCUACAACAAGACCAACAACGUGGUCCUCAGCGCGGGAAUCCUCUUUGUGGCUGCAGGCCUGAGCAACAUUAUUGGAAUUAUCGUCUACAUCUCCAGCAAUGCAGGAGACCCCAAUGAAAAACGCGGUGACGACGACAAAAAGUACACGUACUCCUACGGCUGGUCUUUCUACUUUGGAGCUCUGUCCUUUAUCGUGGCUGAGGCCGUGGCUGUUCUGGCCAUCAACAUCUACAUCGAGAAAAACAAAGAAGUUCGCUGGAAGGCCAGACGCGAAUUCAUCCGCUCACUUUCAUCCUCCUCCCCUUACUCCAGGAUACCAAGUUUCCGCUACCGCAGGCGGACGUCACACGCCAGUUCUCACUCCACGGAGGCGUCCAGGGAGAAUUCACCCGUGGUGGGCCUGAAGCCAUCUUCCAGUGGUCCGCUGGACGAGCUGUCCAUGUACGCCCUGGCCAGGGACAGUGUUACGGAGAAUACAUAUAGUCCUGAGCACGAUGCGGCUGCAGAGUUCCUCCAGGUCCAUAACUGUUUUUCUAACGAUUUAAAAGACAGCGUGAAUCGCAGGACCACACCGGUGUGAGCGGUGGCACAGUGAGAGGUUCUCAAAGUUCAACGGAAGACGAUGAAAAAAGCCAGAGGUCUUACCUGCUGCAGCCUGGAGGCUCGUGAAGGCCUGCCAUAGAACAGAGGCACAGAUUUCAGAGACCUUCCAUCUGGACAACAGGCCAGAGGGGCAGGAGUAGAUGUUCAGCAGAAGAGCAGACCGGCUGUUGGAGACUCGAUUAUUUACAUUGUUUUUUGACACCAUCCAGGCAGAAUAGAGAUGUAACCGUUUGUGCUGUAGCCGAUAUUUUGUGUCCAAAUGUUUAAAUGAUCAGUGUGUGAAUUAUUACUCUUGUUUGUGCAAUAUUUAGUGCUGUGGUUGCUACACAUUGCAGGGUAACUUGAAAGUGCAGCAUCGUGUGUCAGUUGGCAGUGUACUAUUCUACCUGUACUUUAUUUUUUGAAGGUGCUAAACUGCAAAUCUCUCCACAUCAUCAGGAGGGAUUCCUCACCUACAAAGCCCCUUUCUUACUUUUAUCCUUUAGAAAAUCAAGCCUUGUGAAAAGAAGCUUUUAGCUGAAAAUAUUUUUUAAACAUCUCUCCCCACUGAGUCACCAUAUGACAUUUGGCUACUGACUUGUAGCACGGUGAAUGUACAGUAACUGAGCUCAAUGUAGAAGUCAAACAAAAUGAAAGGGUUUUUCACUCUCUGGACGAUUCCUCCGUUCGUUUUUCUUCCCCGACAUUUUACGAAGGAACAGGGUGUUUGUUUUGUCAGUGGAACACACCUCUGCUCUAUUCACUUUCAUAUCAGUCUGCCAUCCUUCCAUCUCCCGAUGGACUGGACAUUGUGUACGUGUCUGAGAAGAGCAGCUGACAAAAGGGGGUCGUCCCCGGAACUGUUGAAAAAAAGGGCACUAGUCGGGACUCUCCUCGCUCUGAACGGAGCCACGGCUUCCAGAUUGUCUAAUAGAUAAGGAUAAGACUGAAUCACAGAACGAACGUCUGUCUGUCACUCUGCCUGUGAGUCAAUCCGGCUGCCAUUUCCUGGUUCCUGUGUCAAACUGUGGCCCUGUCUGACAGAGGAAACAGGGAGCUGUCUGCCACCGCGUACCCGGGGGACUCCACUCUCAUAACAAGGCAUGAGAGGCUGUUUGUGUGUGUGUGUGUGCGCACGCUGUCACCCUGCAUGUCCAUCUUUGCUUGUUCUUUCCGUUCUCUCAGGAAAAGCUGUGUUGCUGUCGGAGGUUGAAUGUUUUCGAGGUCUCAUCCAGGCUUUGCGGCAGUAAUGGGAAUGAUGUGGAAAAUGACAAAUGCCAUUUCUGUGUUAGGAAAAUGCUGUGAAUGUUUGCUUAGGGCUAUUCAGUUGGCUCUGAUUUUAGCAGACAAGCUGUAUGUAUGUAUGUAUGUAUAUAUAUGUAUGUGUGUGUUUUUAUAUGUAUAUACAGGUAUAUACGUUUAUAUAUAUAUAUACAUAUAUAAAGACAUGCAUACAUAUACAGUAUAUAAUAUACAGUAUUCAAUAUAUAUAUAUUUGAUUGUAUUAACUGUGCUUUUCUCACACUUUUAUAUUCCAGUGUGUGGAAAAAAGUUCCAAGGUGUCUGUUUGUAUUGUACAGCCAUACAAUGUACAUAAAUAUACAAUAAAAAUGUGCAAAACUGGACAGCGCAAAUAUAUGGUUAUUGUCAUUUCAAGAAUUCAAAAUAAUUCAAAAAUAUGGUCCAGAAUAUUCAGAGGUUUUACAUAUUUACCAAUUAUUGCAGCAAGUUAAGUAUGAAGGGGGAAUUUCUCAGUAAUCUCUUGUGGCUGAAAUGGUACAAUAGUUUUUCCUCUGUGUACUUGAGUUAAUGUUUUAAAAUUCAGCCAUAUAGCACAAAAUAAAAGAGCACUUUACUUUGGGAUUGAUUUCCUCUUGGCGUCCACAUUAGCAGUAAAUGUUAGCAGUAUCAUCUUUCUGGGGUUUAAAGCUGAAUUUGUCACUUACUGUAAAAGAUGAUUUUCUUUCUCCAUCUUUGUUCCUGCUCCCCACUGUGUCGCCUGAUUGUUCCCUGAUCCUCCAAU